GGUGGACAAACACACACUACACUACAAAACACUUUACUACACUUCUACCUGUAAGAGGCCACUCACCUGCACUCUCUGUCCCAUCAUACACUCGAGCGCACACGCCUCAUCGCUGGAGCAGAGAUGCUGUGGGCCGCUGCCAAGGGUGCCCUCGUGUGUGCCCUCAUGGCUUUGGUGUCGGGGGGCGGCAUGGAUUUGGGAGGCACUCCGGCCAGCUUCUACCCACGCUUCAACCCCUUCUUCUUCCUGUGCACUCACCACGGCGAGUUGGAGGGUCCGACAGGGGCUGAGGGAGGAGGCGAGGUGCUGCUCACCUUUCAGAUAAACGGAAACCCCUCAGCAUACAUCCCAGGACAAGAGUAUCAAGUGACAAUUUCUACCAGUACAUACUUUGAUGGGCUGUUGGUCACAGGUCUCUACACGUCCACCACUGUCCAGUCAUCUGCAAUCCCAGCAUCCUCAGCUUUUGGGUUUGGUGUAAUGUCAGACAGGCAGUUUGGGACUCAGUUUGUGUGCAGCGUUGUGGCAUCACACGUCAGUCACCUGCCGUCCACCAGCCUGAGCUUCAUCUGGAUUGCCCCUCCACCCGGCACAGGCUGUGUCAACUUUAUGGCCACAGCAACGCAUCGAGGACAGAUCAUCUUCAAGGAUGCUCUGGCUCAGCAACUCUGUGAACAGGGAGCUCCCACCGAGUCUCCAAUGCGACCCAGUCUAGCUGUGAUUCAUGGUGAUUAUGCUGUUCUCCGUGACGAUUUUGAGGAUAACACACAAGAAGAGCUUAAUCUAGAAAUCUGGUCAGACUGCAGUAAUUGUGAAGUUGGAGAGCAGUGUGGUGCACUGAUGCAUGGAAAAGCAGUGGUGUUCUGUGAGCCUUUUGGACAAAGGGAACUGACUACAGUGGCUCUCAACACAAGCACAGCUUCAAUGCUGCAGUUUGCUUUGGGAUCUGGUUCCUGCCGGUUCAGUUACUCAGACCCUAAUAUAAUUGUCUCCUGCGGUCUGAACAACUCUGAUAACUGGAACAUUUUGGAAAAGAUCAGAGCUCCCACUAACAGCAGCACAGUGGUCCAUCUUUUACCAUUGCUUCCAGUGUGUAAAGGGGAGGCUAUGCAUCUGCGCUGGAGUCAGGAGUCACCUGUGGGACUCGAUGGUUACGAGUCUUGCUGGGGUCUGGAUAACAUAGUUGUGGUGAACGCAGCCCACCGACCCCCUCUGCUGGAGGAUGACUUCGACCCUCUGGACACAGCCAACUGGCUCUUCUUCCCAGGGGCUACAGUAAAGCAUGCCUGUCAGUCAGAGGGAAACUCCUUGUACUUUCAUGGUGGAGAGGGAUUUGAACAUAGUUUUGCUGCUACGUGUGAUUUGGACCUGCACAGAGAGGAGGGGCGCAGUUAUUGGGAGGAGGACUUUGAGGGUCCACUCAGUGGAUGGGACAUGGAAGGUGCAGUGUAUGGAACUCAGUGUGGAGAGAUAGAAUCAGGUUCAGCACUUGUAUUUCUCAGAGAUGGCCAGAGGAAGGUGUGUACUCCAUAUCUGAACACAACCUUCUACGGCAACCUGCGAUUCCACUUUACAAUGGGUGGUGGAGGGUGCGACCCUGGAGAAUCCAACAAGAAUAAUGUUGUACUGUUUGGCCGGUCAGAGGGAAACAAAGAUCAUGUGCUUUUGGACAUACUUCCAUACUCAGCCUACAGGACUCCUACAGUUGUAUCAGUCAGCUUGCCCACAGAGCUACAGACUCCAGCUACUCAGUUUUGUUUCGAACAGAAGAGCCACGGUGGUGCCAAGCGUCAUGUUUGGGCUUUGGACUUUCUUCAGCUGCUACCUGUGCUUCCUGGUGCAAACACACACCUGGUGCAGUUUUCAGUCAACCUAGGAUGUGGUGCAUAUCAGCCAGCCAACAGCAUCAACCUUGAGUUCUCAACCAAUCAUGGUCGCUCCUGGUCACUCCUCCGUACUGAGUGUCUUCCUGAUCUGUGUUCUGGGUCACAUUUCCCACACAGCAGUGUCUACUCAUCAGAGAACUACAGCGGUUGGACAAGGAUCACAGUUCCCCUGCCAAAUGCUGCCCUCACAGAAAGCACACGCUUCCGCUGGAGACAGGCCACUGUAGGAAUGAACAACAUGUGGGUCAUUGACAACGUUUAUAUUGGUCCAUCCUGUCUGCGCUUCUGCUCUGGUAGAGGACACUGUACACGCAAAGGCUGCAAGUGUGACCCAGGAUUCAACGGCCCAGCAUGUGAGCUUGCUUCUCAGACCUUCCCUGCGUUUCUGUCAGAGAGUUUCUCAAGCGUCAGACUGUCAUCCUAUCACACCUUCUCAUCAUUGCGAGGAGCAGAGGUCAGCUUCGCCUGUGGGGUUUUAGCCAGUGGGAAGGCGUUGGUCUUUAACAAAGACAGCAGAAGACACAUCAUUACAGCCCCAUUAGACAGCUCACAGGCCAGGUAUCUUCAGUUUACACUGAGAUUAGGAAGUAAAAGCAUCUUGAGUUCAUGUCCUGCUCCAGAUCAGCCAGGAGAGGGCGUCCUUCUGCACUACUCUUCAGAUAAUGGUGUUACCUGGAAACUUCUGCAGCAUUAUGCUUAUCAGGGCUUCCAUGAGCCGAGUAAAGCUUUCAGAUGA